AUGGACUCUGAGCGCCAGAACGGUUUUCAGAGGGACGACCUAGAUAUAUAUUCGAGACCCAUUGAACGCCGCCCUAGCAAAAAAUCUUCUUCCAAGGACCGCCACGGGAUGGUUUACCCAGACAGCUUCAGGGAUACCUCCAUCCGGCCCGUCAGCCCCCAGGAGUCGCUCUCCGAUACUCAGACCCAUUCGCCGGCCUCAGAUGCCGAACACCUUGCGAGCAGCGCAACAGCCUCGCCCAGGGCCGGUCUUCGCGCAAAACCGCGUGAUCGGCGGCGUGAGUUCAGUCCCUUUCAUGCUGGACAUGGUAGCAACAGCAACAGCAACAACAGUGCCAGUGCUAGUACCGCCAACAUCAAUCACCACCACCACCACAACCACAAUAACAACAAUAAUAACCACAAUAACAACAUCAGCAGUAGCAAUAGCAACGCUAACAGGCUUAAUGAUGACGACCUACCCGUACCAGAUACUCGGAGUUUAAGGGCCAGAGCAAAGACGACCACCAUGGAGGACCAGAGAGGUGACCUGCCGCCCAGUUCCUUCCUUGGACGCACUAGGAUGAGACUUGGCUCCCUGACCACUGCUGCUUCUGCCAACAUGGCCUCGGGCUCACCUCAGAGUCCCCGGCCGCCGCUCCAGGACGAUUCCAUUGCCUCCAUCGGUUUCCCUUCCAUCAUCCAGACUUCCGGACCACGGCCACGUUUCGUCAAGUCACACUCCACCCUCUCCUCCGGCUUGCCUCCCUCAAACGCUUCCAGUCCUGGGCCAUAUGUAUCUCACGCAUUGAACCCGGACUCCACCAAGAUACUGGACCUGAUGAAGUCUACAUGUGGCAGAAUGCACGGCAUCCUCUCAUUCCGCAUAUCGGGAUCUUCUUCAUGGACUUCGGGCUACUGUGCCAUCAACGUUGCAGCCGGCAGCCUCAUCUACCAAGCAAAGGGCGAAGCGAACCAGGCAAAGACCCUUAUUCCGGACCUCCGCGGCUGCCGUGUCCGCACCCUCUACUCUACCGAACUACAAACUUCCUACUUCAGUGUCUCGACCUACUCCUCCACCCUCAGCGUACAUCUCCGUCCUCAUGUAAAAGAGACCUGUGACUCCUGGCUUGCCGCCCUCCUGUGCUGGCAACCCAUUCGCCCAAAGGGCGUACAGAACAAAAUGACUAAGCCCCAGUCAGUCGCCAUAACUGAACGGCGUCUUGCAGAUCGCCGGAGAAAUUCAGAGAGUACCCUACAGAAGGAAGCCACCAUUAUCAAAGUAGGCAAGAUGCUGCUGUGGGAUAGACAAAGUGCUUCCGGCGUGUGCCCGCCACCAACGCCCCGGAGGAUAUCAACCUUCAAGCAGCAACGGGCCCUUUCGCAUUAUUGGAGGAAGGUCAACUGUACAUUGCAAGAAAACGGCCACAUGAAGAUCGUAACUGAGGCUGGCACAAACCUUGUAUCUUUCAUACAGCUAUCUCAACUCUCUCGAUGUGCCAUCCAAAAACUAGACGCUUCCGUCUUGCAAGAUGAGUUCUGCAUAGCCAUAUACCCCCAGUAUGCCGUCCAUGCCGGAAGUGACCAUCUCACCAGACCCGUCUAUCUCUCCAUGGAAAGCCGUGUCCUGUUUGAGGUCUGUUUCGUCUUACUCCGAGCCUUUACAUACCCGAACUAUACAGACUCGAGCACCCUUCUACUACCACUACCACCACACGGUGCUUCAACUGACGAUUCCGGUCGGGCUCACUCCCUGAUAAUCUCCCAGCAAGUCCCCACUACUACGACAGACAUGUUCCGAAUCGAACGCCUUCUCAAUGUCCGUGUCAUUGAAGCCAAGAUCUUCCCUCAGUCAAAGGCAGAGCUACCGGAAAAGAACAAAAAAUCAUCCAAACAGCAGGGUGGUGCCGCUCAGACUUCUGGUGAUUAUUACACAGAAGUGCUACUAGACGGUGAGGUCAGAGGCAAGACCGCCGUGAAGAGCAGCACCUCUGCUCCGUUCUGGCGAGAAGACUUUAUCUUCCACGACCUGCCUCCCGUCCUGUCCAGCGCUACCGUGCUAGUUAAAUGUCUCAACCCCGUACAGAAGGACUGGACACUCGUCUCUCGAGGCACUUAUACGCCCAAUGAGGGUGAACGUGAACAUGACUCGUUAGCGACUCUAGGGGAUGUAGAGGUGGCUUCUCAAGAUACCACGUUUGGCAGGAUAGACCUGCCCCUGGACAGUCUAGAUGCAGGCAAUGGAUCCGAAAAAUGGUGGCACAUCCUCGACGAGAACGACCAGCCAGUCGGCGAAAUGCUGAUGCGUGUUCAGCUCGAUGAGACCGUUGUUCUGAUGUCUCAGGAAUACAAGGUCAUGUCCGAACUGCUCCAUUCCUUCCCUAACGGCCUCACAGUUCACCUCGCAGAGCUCGCACCCCAGGAACUCCGCCAGCUCUCUGAGAUAUUCCUCGACAUUUUCCAGGUAUCCGGCCAAGCAAGUGAAUGGGUAACGGCGCUCGUCGAAGAUGAAAUCGAUGGCCUCCACCGAGAGACAUCCGCCAGUCGCCUCCGCUAUACCAGCCGCAUCCACUCAAACGACUCCUACGAGUCCGGCCAGGAACGAGAAGUACUCGUGCGAGACCUUGGUCGCUCUGCAACCGUCGAAGCAAACCUGUUGUUCCGCGGAAACUCCCUGCUCACAAAAUCGCUAGAUAUGCAUAUGCGUCGACUGGGGAAAGAGUAUCUCGAGGAAACAAUUGGCUCGAGUAUACGAGACAUCGACGAAAGCGAUCCAGACUGCGAAAUCGACCCCAACCGUGUCAGCAGACAGGAAGACCUUGAACGUAAUUGGCGCAAUCUGAUAAUUCUCACAAGUAAUAUGUGGCAGUCAAUUGCCGGGUCCGCCUCGAGAUGCCCGCCGGAACUAAGGUAUAUUUUCAGACACAUCAGAGCAUGUGCUGAGGACCGGUACGGUGAUUUCCUACGAUCCGUCACGUAUAGUAGUGUUUCUGGAUUCUUGUUUCUACGGUUCUUCUGUCCUGCAAUUCUGAAUCCAAAGCUCUUUGAACAUCCACGAUCUCGUGCCCAACGAACUUUGACAUUGGUCGCAAAGGGCCUCCAGGGACUUGCGAAUUUGACUACAUUCGGCAACAAGGAACCGUUCAUGGAACCCAUGAACAAGUUCCUUAUGUCUCACCGCAACGAAUUCAAGGAUUUCAUUGACUCCAUUUGCGCCAUCCCUGCCGAACGUCCACCCCAAAUAGUCAACCCAUCGUUCGCAACUCCCAUCCAAAUUCUCGGCCGUCUACCUCCAACUUCCCGAGAAGGAUUCCCUAGCUUACCGUUCCUCAUCGACAAUGCUAGGAGCUUUGCCUGUUUGGCUCGCGUCUGGCUGCAAGCUGCACCAAGAGGCCUUACAGAAAUUCCCGAUAUGGAUGUGAACAUUCUCAAGUUCCAUUCUCUCUGCAUUGAUCUAGAGAAGCGAACGAAGGAAUCCCUCAACAAGGCCGAGCAAGCCGAACAGCCUAGUGGUAACCUUGAGGUGAAAUGGGAGGAAAUCGCCGAGCAAGUCGAGAAGUCCGCCACUUUCUACGAGGAAAGCUCGAGUAAAGCUAACACGCCCGGUAAAGAAUCUGCCGUGACAAACGUCAGUUCUACAACGGCAGGCAACAACCGGAAUUCAAUUGGUUAUUUCCCUCGUACACCAUACCUCAAGUCCACGGAGGCCAGCGUCAGCGACGAUGCGGAUGAUGAUACCCCUUCCAGUGCCACAUCAGCUCCGUGGGAACAACAGGGCCGCCCAGUAUUCACCCAACCAAAAUACUAUGCUGACUCCCGUAAGAGCACUGAAAGCCUCCAGAACCCUUCCACCGUCUCCUUAGCGCAAACGGAGACCCCGACCGGUAAGAAUCGACAGUCAGGUAUGUCCCGCGAUUCAGGCAAAUACAGACUUUUCGAAUUCGUCGAUCGGACCAGACGUAAAGGCAAAGAGAGGGAAUCAUCACAUUCUCAAGGCGCAGCGCACCCGCCGCAGGACGUGGGCCCGCGAAAUGAAUAUAUAUGA